AUGGGCGGCGAUUGUCGCCGAAGUAGCGAGGUCGCCCGCACAUCUGCGCUGCGUGCCGCAUCUGCCGCGGAAUGCGCUCGCGCAAUGCGUGCUUAUAGCGUGCCCGAUGAUAAGGCUGUCGACCAGCGAUCCAACCGUAAACGUCUCACCCACACGCCGCGAGCGCCCGCUUGCCAUUCGCUCCGCUACACAUCUACUAUAAUAUCCACCAACAGCGACCAACCUAGCAAGCUCCCUCAGCUUGCAUCCAAAACCUUGAAUAGCACACGAAACUUAAAGGCGCCUGAGGAAAACUGA